AUGUCUAACCCCAGAAAAAGCGCGUGGAGAAAAUUUGCAUUCAUCGCGGCAUUCUUUUUCAUUGGAUUCAUUGAGAUGGGCGUCGUCAAGAGUUUUGGGGUGAUCAUCGCCGAGGUCGUCUUUCAAAUGAAAUCUGACCUCUGGACGGUUGGAUUUAUCUUUGGGGCGUACAACGGCCUGACAUAUCUACUCGGUCCUAUUAUCUUACCAUCAUUAAAGUACCUGAGUUUGAAACAAUCGUCUGCAAUUGGUAUCAUUGGUGGACUGUGUCUGUCGGCUUCUUCAUUUACAUCAAAUAUAGCCCAGCUGGCAACCUGCUUUGUAAUCUCAGGUGUUUCCUUGUCAUUUGUCAUUUCCAAGGCACUUAUUCAGUUCAACACUUUCAUGUCGUCUGAGGACUUCGCGUUAUUUCUUGGAAUUACCGAUACGGGAUCUCCAAUGGGAAUGAUUCUCCUUCCCAUCCUGGCUGAAUUUUUAAAAGAGACGUAUGGGUGGAGAGGCUGCAUGCUCCUUCUUGGUGGAAUCUUUCUCUACGCACCGGCAUCGCUGUUGGUAAUGGCAGGCAGAAAAGAAGAUCCAGGAGAUACCUCUGAAAGGAUUCAUGUAGAUGAAAACUCAAAUGAAAACAAUGUGAAUCUGCAAGCCGAGCAAGGUUCAAGUAUUGAUCUACUAAAAGGUCAAAGUUAUCAAGAAAUGACGGACCAAGUAUCAGGCUCCCAGCAGGCAAAGAAAGUUCAAAGUCAGGAUAUUGUCGGCACAAUAAAAAACGUAUGGCGAUUCGUUUCUAAUUUCUUUGGUCUUUCCCUAUUCACAGAAGUACCUAGUUUAUUCACAUUUUGCCUGUUUCAGCUUUCCGGCGGACUGAUAAUUACCGCAUGGGUAGUUUUCUUGAUACCACAUGGUGUUGCAAAGGGGUUUCCCCUAUCCCGAGCUGUUUUUCUGGCAUCCAUAGGAGGAAUAGGAAACAUUCUUGGUAGGUUAGGCCAGGGUCCAAUCAUCUACCAUAAAUGGCUAUCAUCUUCGAGCCUCACUUUCAUCUGUGCUUUCAUUAACGCGUGUGUACUCUUAAUAGAUCCCUUGAUAAAUGGCUAUCCCAUUUUAGCAGCUGCCACAUUUUUCAAUGGCUUCACUCUCGGUGCAAGGACAACAAUACUUGUUGUCCUGACUAAAGAAAUCCUUCCUGAUGACCAUUUUGCGACUGGAUAUGGUUUAGUAGCUUUGUUCUACGGCUUAGGGCAGCCUUUAGGAGGAUUGUUAGCAGGUUGGCUUUCAGGAACCUUCUCCUACAGCAUCGCUUUCAUGAUCCUUGGUGGAUUGGAAAUCAUAUGUACUAUCUUCUUGCUACCAACUCGAUACGCAUUGAAUAAAAGAAGUGAUGGUCAUGAGGAAUGAUAACGAAUCAAGGUUUUCAUGGGGAACUCGGAUUUCAAAGAUAUAGCUUACAGUACUAAUACUGAGCUGAAAUUAUAUUAGACUCGAUAUUGCAGAUUUGCAACAGGUUUUGAUGGCGUAGAGAAAUUAUAGGUAUCUAUAACGCGCUUAAGACAUCCCCCAGCCAUAUUGUGCCCCUUGUAAAGGCACUCAAAGGGGAAGUUCACCCUCAAAAAAAUAGCUGAUACAAAUAAUAAAAUAUAUCGGUGAGGGUCUGAGGAAAAUCCAGUGAAGAUUAAGAGUUAUUAGAAUUUUAGGUAAUUGGAUUUUCUCACGUCAUAAACGAGCAGCUUCCCAAUAUGUUAAUGAUAUAUAAAGUGCAUAAUUUUCACUUUUUUAAUGGUUCUUUGUGACUUAUUUUUGUUUUGUUUUUUGGAACGAAA